AUCUUGAUCAAGAACCAGCCUCUCAACAACAAGGACCACUAUGCCUGUCAUUCCGCGUAACCGCUCUGGUUCGAGGUAUGUCCUGCCGCACGUCCGCCGGACUGAUAGCGCACAAGACGGUGGAAAACCAGGAGCGCGAGAAGUUCAAGGCGGUGUGGAGGCGGUACGAGGCAGAGUUUGAAAAUGAGACCAAAUCCCGGCUGCUCAUGGUCUUAGUGCAGUCCGGUAUGGAUUUCGAGCUCGGUCACGUUUCUUGCCAUACUUUCCAGCCGGCGCAAAAGCUCGGCUCCCUGCCUAAACUGGUGCUGCAGCUGUCUUCCGCUUCUUCCGCCUCUUCGGCUUCGGAGCGAGACGAGGGACUGCGGGAUAGAAGUGACGUGGCGGCGCCCCCGCCCCCGCAGGUGGUUGGUCCUUCCGGCGAGGCGCAGUCAGCGAAAGGACCCCCUCCUCCUCCUGCUGAAAACCAACAGGCAGCAGCGAGAUCCCUGGAAAGCAUCGAAGCGGACGCCAAGUCUCGGUUCCAAAAGCUUGCGGGAAGGCGUGCGGGUGGGACAAACAAUGACAGAGAUAUGAAAAUGGAGAAGCAGAAGUUUGCAAAUUUGAUGGACUUUAUGCCAUCUUCAAAGCAGGCUACGAACAAUGCGCCGUCAGCUUCAUCCAGAAAUGCAGGUGCAGCCAAGAGAAAUGCUGCGCCCGCCACAGUGGGGCUGCAGCUGCACGACCCCAGCACCGCACCCACGCGCGGAACAUCAAAGCCGGAACAUCAAGCUGCGAGUACGCAUGGUGGAAAACAAGUUCCUCCGCAGGUGGUAGAGCUGUCCGAUUCUUCUGCGGAUUUAUCUUCCCCGGACGACGACGACGACGACGAUGAUGCACAAUUUCGUAAUGCGCCAGCAUCAGCGAGCAAAGCUGCAGGCCACAGCAAGAACAACGCGGGAAAAACAAAUACACUCAGCUCGUCGACAACAGCAAAGACCACUCCCGUGACUAGUCAUUUUUCGUCGGCACUAAGAACACACGAAGACGAUCCUGACUACAGCCAGCGUGGUGUUUUUGCAGCAACGGACAAUGUUGUGUCGCCGUCGGAUUGGCAGUCCUUACCGCUGAUGGGAAUAACUACUGGCAAUGUUCUUGCAUCAAUAUCAAUGAACCAAAUCGAGGACGACGAGCUGGCGCAAGCGCUGGCAGCGUCGCGGGGAGAGAUCGAUAUAAUACAACCCGGCGGUCAACAACACCCAGCUAUCGAGCAUCCUUCCCUGGAUUUCGAGUUACAGCAGGCCCUGGCGCUCUCGCGUGAAGGCGUAGAUGAGGCCCAGCGGAGUGAGGAGCAAGAUUUGCAGCGGGCAAUGCAGGAGAGCUUGCAGCAAGCGGGUGCAGGUAGCAAUGAUGGUGCACCGGGCGCGCCAGCGUUAGUACCGUCAGUGCCCCCAUUUGCAGAUGAAGUAGACCAAGAUGCGGCUUUGCAGGCCGCCCUGGCGCUUUCGGCUGCCGCAGCUAGCGGUAGUGGCGCCAGCACCUCUUCGUGGAUGGCACCGGCAGCCGGAAUCGUCACACGCGACGACGAUCUGGAAGCUGCGCUACGACUUUCUUUGCAAGAGACAACAUUGAGUAUUCAACCCCAGCCGGGCGCGGCGGGCGCGGGUGCAAGCACGAGCAGUUCAUUUUUGCAUGUUGUGCAGCAGUCGGGUGGAGCAACAUCAAGCACCUCCGGUGGUACAACUAGAAAUGUCGCCGUACCAGUUCCACCACCUCGUCCACCAGCGAAUGAGGUGAUCGAGUUGGAUUCAAGUAGUGAGGAGGGCGCGGAUAAUCAUAAUCACCCACGUGCACAAAAGCGGCGCAAACCGAACUCCACGACCGUACAAGACCAGCCACGACCGCCGGAUGGUCCUCUCGCUGCACCGGAGGAUCAUACGAUUGCAGAGCGGCGACGGCGCGCUCAGGAAGCAGCGGAACGCAGGCGGCAGGCGAACAUGCGCAAUGGGUUGUAGGGAAGUUUUAUAUAUAACGAGUGCUGGCCCACAACUUGAACUUCGCGGAACUGCGGGCAGCUGUCUGUAAAGUGUUUAAUAAGCUUCAAGAAGGGCCCAGUAGUACAAUGUACAACUUCGUCGAACGCAAAUGCAACUAGUACUGAACAAAGCGACACCAGCGCAUAAUCUUCACGAGUUAGUGGCUUCUAAGCUGAUCCUGUAAGCGUGUGGUGCCAUGAUCGUGACUGAACGUGGGAUCGUUUUAGUACAUGAUCAUAAUUAUCGCACCGUCGUGAUUCGAGUUGAGAAAAACGCAAUCGCGACGGCAUUAUCGACAGAAAACUUCGACAAAGGGUUCAGCUUUUGAUGUAGCAUCACAAAUUGAAACUCUAAUUCACACACAACACAUAUGUUGACACAUUCGCGCACGUGUCAAAUGAACGGUUCCGGCUGGAUAGAGCCAUGACUUGUUUCCACAGAAAAUAAAACUGGCACUUACACUCGCGGUUUCUCAGAAAGAGGAAACUACUGGAAAGGCCUCCCGCCCUAGUCUUACUUACAUCAACAGACCACCUGUGUUGUAGCAAAGUCGGACUUCUUGUUAGACGACUUUUUCCUUUUAGUUCUCGUUGAAAUGACUUGCUGACAUGGUAUGCAGUGAUGUAAAAAUAAUAGCACCG